AUGAGAGUCCACACACUAACAACAAUUAUUGCACUUGCUGCCUCUGUGAUGGCUCAAGGUUCUGCUCCAAGCCCUACGCCAACACCGUCAGUUUCUUCUUUUGAAGUGACAGCACCUGCCCUUACACCAACGGCAUCGUCUUCGGAGGCACCUGUCGCUACACCGGAACAGUUACCUGCCGAGUCACCUGAGGUACCUGCCGAUUUACCUGCCGAGUCAUCUGAAGUACCUGUUGAGUUACCUGUCGAGUCAUCUGGGGUACCUGCCGGUUUACCUGCCGAUUUACCUGCCGAGUCACCUGAGGUACCUGCCGAGUUACCUACCGAGUCCUCUGAGGUACCUGCCGAUUUACCUGCUGAGUCCCCUGAGGUACCUGCCGAUUUACCUGCCGAGUCCCCUGAGGUACCUGCUGUGUUACCUGCCGAGUUACCUUCAGAUUUACCUGCCAGUACACCAACCGCAUCUCCUACCCCAUCAGCAAGCGAGUCAAUGGAACCCGUAGUAGUAAUCACACCGUCUGCCACAGCUACGCCAUCUGCCUCAGCUACGCCAUCUGCCUCUCCCACGUCCAUGAAUGCUGCUGUCACACCUACCUCCACUGUCCCUGGUAGCGACUACAUCACCUGUGCGAUUAAAGAGAUCGAAAGUCCCCUAGGUUGUGAUGCGGUUCAGGACGACAAGUCGUGCUGUCGGUACAGUUGGAGCUGUGGAAAUCUAAACAAGUGCACCCCCUCAUUCUGUUGCCAAGAGACCAUCCCCACACCAACUCCUCAUCCUUCACCAUCCAGCACUCCCAGUUACGAGCCGGUUGAUAAUUACAUCAACUGUGCUGUAAAGAGGUCGGAGGGUGGCUUCACAUGCGGCGGUAGUAAGGUAGUAGACAAAAAGAAGGAGUGCUGUCGUUGGGCUGACGAGUGCGGUAGUUUGAGUAAGUGUACCGACAGCUACUGUUGCAUUGACGGUGGUUCUUACCCUAAGCCAUCGCCUUCUGCUAAACCUCAAGAUUACACUAUCAAGUGCCAAGAGAAACACGGUAUCUAUUGCCCUUUGGCCUCCGAGUUAGAUGCCAGCAAAAAGUGCUGCGAGUAUCCCGGCGCGUGUGGAGAUCUUAAAAGUUGCAAGUCAGACUAUUGCUGUACCGAAUCCGGCCCACUUCCACCACCAGAUACCGUGGGAGCCUGUGAUUGUGAUGGAGCAGUAAUCGACAAGGUUUGUUAUUCGUCGCUAGAGGCGGCUAUCGAAGCUGCAUCAGAUGGUGACAUCAUCUACGUUGGUGGUGAUAUCGAGGUAGACGCGCCUAUUCAAUUUUCACAAAGUCUGUCCUUCAGCGGUGUGCUUUGUGACGACGAGCGGGCGCAGAUUAUCGCCACUUUCGAUGAGGUCGAUGGAGCUAUCUUCGAGGCUGUGAAUGAGGAUGAACAGGAAGUGAACUUCCUGUACCUGGCUAUCACCAGCGAGGGUGACAACUCGGCUGCUGCGUUCCACUCUCUUGGUAGUGUCACUGACGCCCCUAACCAGGGAGUGACCAUGAACUUGACGAAUGUUUGGAUUCAUGACA